CAUGUCACUGUCAUGUAACAGGGGCUCGUGUCGGCCAGCGUGCACCUGGUACUGAGACAAUGAAGUGACCUGCGUCCACACUGUGGGCUAUGUCAGUAAGUAAGCCAGGAGUCAGUAAGCUAACAAUAUACGGUGCGUGUUGGGUUCCUGUAGUGAGAUACGCCAGAGAGGUGACUGCCAACGGCCUGGGUACUGUUCCCAUCGACCCAGCCAGAGCCUCCACUUCUAGCUCCCAAUGGACGGGUUACAAGUCCUCUCCGCGUUGUGCCUGAUCACCUGCCUUCUUCAACGGACCUCCCCGGCGCCCUCCACCUCCUCCUCCACCCCUGGAUUAACCCAUGGCAUCGUGAUAGACGCUGGCAGCUCUGGAAGCAGAGUGCGAGUCUACAGCGUUCAGUACGAGGACUCCUUGCCCCGAGUGGAGGAGAUAGGAAAUCUUCGAGUGAAGCCGGGUCUUGCUGAAUUCGCCACCAGGCUGACGGAGGUGGCCGAAUACCUAAAUCCGCUGCUUCUCAGGGCGCAAGAACUGGUCCCCCGGGCCCAAUGGCCCACAACGCCGAUAUACCUGAUGUCUACAGCCGGUCUAAGGCUUGUUGAUGCGGCACAGUCAAGUCAGCUCUUCACUGAAGUCCGCGGCAUAUUUUCCAACAAGACGGCCUGCCCGUUCCUCUUCCAGCAUCGAGACCAGGCACGUGUCCUCUCGGGGGAGGAGGAGGGCGUCUACACGUGGAUCACCGUCAACUAUCUCAGGGAAUACUUCGGCAAAGGAAGACCAUACAGUGACACCCACGGUAUUCUAGAGAUGGGUGGGGCCUCCACACAGAUUGCCUUCAUCCCGACCACGCCCAUCCUGGCCAACAAAUUCUACGUGUCCAUGGCGGGCGAGAAGUAUCCACUGUACGCCCACAGUUACUUGUACUUCGGGGCCACCUACAUGGAUAUCAGGGUGAAGGCAUUCCUGGCCGCUGAAUCUCCGGGCUCUACAGAACUGGAGGACCCCUGUAUGCUGACAGGCGACGUGAAACAUCAACCAGCCCCUAACAGAACGGACACAGAUUCUCUUCAGUUCAUUGGUACGGGUAACAGCACUGCCUGUGAGGCCAUCUUGGAGACGUUCCAGCGCCAAACACCAACAGAAUUUUGUUAUCCAAAACCAUGCGCCAUUGGCGACAUCUAUCAGCCGGUUUUGCCUGAACACAUGUUAUUUACGGCUGUCUCCGCUUACGUUUAUGCACCAGCGGCUUUAGGUGCCUUGGAAGACGAUCGGACGCUCACACCGCGGAUAUUGCGGGAAAAGGCACUGUUGUAUAUACAAAAAAAUCUGACAGAAGCCAUUGAGCAAAUAGGGGAAAGCAGACGACAGUACGCUUCGGCCUACGCCAUGAUGGGCCUUUACCUCCCCAUGUUACUGCAAAGAUCGUACGGUUUCCAUAGCGACAGCACCCAGGUGAUAGCAACCAAUGACGUCGACGGAAAAGGAAUUGCAUGGACAUUGGGGGCACUCCUUUAUGAACUUGAAUCAGGAAUGUUAACCUCCUCACGUCCGACCGGCAAUCCAGAUCCAUGUAAUGCAUCCGGUAGGACUUCACAUCACCUGUCAGCGCUAUAUACAGCCCUGAUGGUAGUGCUGCAAGGCAUUUGUUUACAAUUCCUGGUCCGUCUCUAGUCUCUUGUAAUAAUUGGCGACUCCAGCGCAUAGGAAUAGUUAAGGAUAACAAACAGAUUUUGUUUUUUUUCGAGGUUAAUUUAGUUUGGUAGUCAAGAAAAGCAGAGAAGAUUUGUACUUUCCUGUAAGACAUCUAAAGUUGAUAUAGUUUCAUUCGUUAUCAAUAUGCGCGUCAUGUAAAGGCUGAUGUAGGCAUGGUUUUACGUUAUACCGAAUACAGUGACGUCACAAUAUCACGUGUUUGUAAAACACGAGCUUAAUUUUUUAAAUUCUCUAUAGGUUUGUAUAAUAAUAUAGUGUUGAAACCAAGCGUUUUUUUAACACGUUAUACAGUUUACUUUGUCCUAUGUACAUGUACUUCGGCAUAAUUGAGAAGUUAUUGCGUUUGUCUUUCAUUUUGUUUACAUGUACCUUGAUGAAAUGAUUGGUCGGUAUCUAUUUACACAGUUGGCGUCUCAUAUUUUCUGAUUAGAGUAGAUGACAGCUUAACCUGUGUAUAUCGAUAAUUAAUGCAUUGUAAUAUAGACACCUCAGAUGUUCCAUAAAUGAGCCUACCUCUAAGAAUAACUGCGUAAGAUCUGGAUUGAAAUGAUUGAUUUAUAAUUCCCGAUAUGUUUCAUUGUAAUUAUUGUAUUUUUGGCAUUCAUAGCUAGUAAUAUUUACAUGGAGGAAGCAUUAGUAAGUACUGGUAGAACCUUUCACUAUGUUAAGUGUUCCUUCUAGAGUAAAAAACGCACAUGUUUAUUUACUUUUUUAUUCUGGUAAAACGUCUCAUUUUCUGAUUUACUCUAGUAUGUUUAUGUAUUGGAACUCAAUUUCCUGUAUAUGCAAUGUCUGUUUUAAAAUUGUUAUCAACACAGUACAUGAUAUCAAGAAUACACUCUUGAUGAUGUA